AUGUACCAGGUGGCUGGAAGUUUACCGUUCUUAUGGGGGGUCGCGAUCCUAGGACAGGUGAAACAUCAGCGUUCAAGCGAACUUCAAAGUGGUGCUCAGUUCAAUCAUGCAUACAAAGAUUUUGAUGCAAUGCAAGCUGCCUUCCUGGCAUUCGUGCAAAAUGCUCUCAUGUUUAAAUCUAGCAUACCUCACAAAUCAGCAAAUGAUGAAGAUGAAGAGUCCUCAUUAGACUCAGGUAGCGACAAAGACAAUGAGUGGGAAAGGAACACUGGAAAGGGUAGGGAGGGUAUGAGUCAAGAUUUCCUGCCCUUUGAUACAUGCAACCUGUUUGGGAUGACUCCCCAUUCCGAUGAGAUUUUUGGGGAUAAUGUGAGCAGCUUAUCUAAUACUCUGCUGGAUGCUAGAUUGCCCGAAGCACUUCCCAGUGGGGUAUCAACUGAUGCAUCAAGUGGGCCAGUCAGCAUGACUGGAGCAAGCAAUAAUUUAUCACUUGCUGAAUUGUUUUGCGAUUCUCACUCUGCCACUUUGGACCCCAUUAAAGCGGGCACCACCAAUUUCUCCACCUUUGAUCCCCAUGCUUUUACUGACCUUGUUAGCAAUUCUACUGCCCUUGACAAGGUAUCCCUCCAACUUGAUAUCUCCCAGCAGGCAGAGGUACUUCUUCCUGCUGUCCCAUCCAUGCAUAGCAAGGAAGAAGAGGAUGACCAAGAAGGGGAUUUGCUUGUUAACCAGCCAGAGCUCCUAUAUUAUCUACAGGUCUACGUACAUUACCAGGCCCUCCAGUGGCGCAUGCGCCUUGUCUUCACAUAUGUAACAGUGUUCCAUUCAAUCCGUGAGAAUGCGACAACAACAUUGGUGUCCAAACACAUCACACUCACCCCAUGGACUUGCAGAAAAGGGCUCGUCACUCUUAAAUAUUUUAAUAGGGAUCUAGCAGGAUCUUUGAAAGAUGGUUCUGUGUUUGCUUUCAAGGAUUGGGCAUUGAAGAAGAGGAUCUACAAGACAGAAUUACUGCAACUGAGUAUCAAUGUUAUGUGGUUUGCAAAUUGA